CAGCCGCGUCGGGUGGUGGGCUCCGCCAGCGGGAUCAUGCUGCUCCGAGCCGCUUGGAGGCGGGCGGCGGUGGCGGUGACGGCGGCCACAGGGCCGAAGGCUGCGGCGCCCACUCGGGGGCUGCGCCUGCGCGUGAGAGACUGUGCUCCUCGGUCUGCCGUUCCUGCAGAUACGGCUGCUGCCCCGGAGGCGGGGCCCGUGCUGCGGCCUCUCUAUAUGGAUGUGCAAGCUACUACUCCUUUGGACCCCCGGGUGCUUGAUGCCAUGCUCCCUUACCUAGUCAACUACUAUGGGAACCCACACUCCCGGACACAUGCAUAUGGCUGGGAGAGUGAGGCAGCCAUGGAACGUGCUCGCCAGCAAGUAGCAUCUCUGAUUGGAGCGGAUCCUCGAGAGAUCAUUUUUACUAGUGGUGCUACUGAAUCCAACAACAUAGCAAUCAAGGGAGUGGCCCGGUUCUACAGAUCACGGAAAAAGCACUUGAUCACCACCCAGACAGAACACAAAUGUGUCUUGGACUCCUGCCGUUCACUGGAAGCUGAGGGCUUUCAGGUCACCUACCUCCCAGUGCAGAAGAGUGGGAUCAUUGACCUGAAGGAACUAGAGGCUGCUAUCCAGCCAGAUACUAGUCUGGUCUCAAUCAUGACUGUGAACAAUGAGAUUGGAGUGAAGCAGCCUAUUGCAGAAAUAGGGCAGAUUUGCAGUUCCAGAAAGGUAUAUUUCCAUACUGAUGCAGCCCAGGCUGUUGGAAAAAUCCCACUUGAUGUCAACGACAUGAAAAUUGAUCUCAUGAGCAUCAGUGGUCACAAAAUCUAUGGUCCCAAAGGGGUUGGUGCUGUCUACAUCCGUCGCCGGCCCCGUGUGCGUGUGGAGGCCCUGCAGAGUGGAGGGGGGCAGGAGCGGGGUAUGCGGUCUGGGACAGUGCCCACACCCUUAGUGGUGGGGCUGGGGGCUGCGUGUGAGGUGGCACAGCAAGAGAUGGAGUAUGACCACAAGCGGAUCUCAAAGUUAGCAGAGCGGCUGAUACAGAAUAUAAUGAAGAGCCUUCCAGAUGUGGUGAUGAAUGGGGACCCCAAGCACCAUUAUCCUGGCUGUAUCAACCUCUCCUUCGCGUAUGUGGAAGGGGAGAGUCUGCUGAUGGCACUGAAGGAUGUUGCCUUAUCCUCAGGGAGUGCCUGCACCUCUGCAUCCCUGGAGCCCUCUUAUGUCCUUAGAGCAAUCGGCACUGAUGAGGAUUUAGCACACUCUUCUAUCAGGUUUGGAAUUGGCCGCUUCACUACAGAGGAGGAAGUGGACUACACAGUGGAGAAGUGCAUUCAGCAUGUGAAGCGUCUUCGAGAAAUGAGCCCUCUCUGGGAGAUGGUUCAGGAUGGCAUUGACCUCAAGAGCAUCAAAUGGACCCAACACUAGAAGAAUAGGGCCCUGGCUGGGCGUGGUGGCUCACUCCUGUAAUCCCAGCACUCUGGGUGGCAGAGGUGGGCAGAUCAUGAGGUCAGCAAUUUGAGACCAGCAUGACCAACAUGGUGAAACCCUGUCUACUAAAAAUACAAAAAUUAGCUGGGCAUGGUGGUGCAUGCCUAUAAUCUCAGCUACUCGGGAGGCUGAGGCAGGAGAAUCACUUGAACCUGGGAGGCGGAAGUUGCAGUGAGCCGAGAUGGUGCCACUGCACUCCAGCCUGGGCGACAGAACAAGACUCCAUCUCAAAAAACAACAAAAAAAGAACAGAGCUCUGACGUUGUGCUGGUCUGGCCCCUCCUGCCUCAUCAACCCAUGCACAACCAGGCACUUUGUUAGGCCCAGUGGAUGCUCCAGAUUGGUAUAGAACAUUGGCUUCAACAUCAGCCCACCUGUAUGACAGAAACACAAGGAAACUAUCUUUCCCUAGCUUCAGCUCCUUGGGUUUGGAGCACUUCCCAUUUCUUCCGGGUCUUACAGUGUGUGAACAUUUUCAUCCUGAAGCCGUAGAGACAUUUGCUAUUAUAUUGCUGCUGUACACAUCUGUGCUCUUGGUGAGGAGAGCAAGAGGAACCAGAAGAAGUCUCUUUGCUCAGGGACCAUGAUGCUCUACAUGGACAUUUGAGUUGUCAUCUUCUGCCACUCAGCUGGACCAGUUCCUUUAACAGCAAGCAUAAUCCACUUUAAUUUAAUGCUUUCUGUGUCUCCAAAGGGUACCUCUUCAUAUUGACUGCAGACUAAACGGACAGUUUCUUAGAGGGUUUGUCUCCUUUCUCCUUUCCUCUUUCCUUUCCUUUGACCUAAUGGAGCUAGAAAUAUGUCUAUGACUCUACCUAUUAUCCUAAUGAUUUAUUUCCUUAAAAAUUGUUAAUACGAAGACUGGAAAAAUAAACUCACCUCCUGUUUA